GGAUCAUUGACAAUAGGUUCGUUAAAUUAGUUGGACACUUUGUCGACGUCGGGUUGCUCCUAUCUAGGUUUCCACUGUUCAUUCUCCGGUCAAACCCCGACGACCUUACUUGUUCCCGUUGCUUAAUUGCUCCAUUAUGACGUCGUCAUUCAUGGGUCCUCCUCCUUCCAGAGACUUUGCCACCACUGCUGAACCUCCGACAGUUCCAGAAGAUCCAGCCUUAGAACCGUCGCAAAGUGAGCCCAGUCCACCUUCAGAAAACCUAAACCCUAUUGUAGAGAAAUCGGAAUUGAGGAACACUGGUGGUUCCCAGAACGAUUCCGAAGAUGAAAAUCCCGUCCCGAGCUCUAGCAAUAGCUCUGUUUCUGAGAAUGAUCGCGAUGAGGCAGAGAAGAAACACGAGUCGCGCUCUAAACCUGAAGUGCCGUAUACAAUUCCUAUAUGGAGUGAACCUCCGUGCCAUAGCUAUUACCUGGAAGUUCUUAAGGAAGGAUCGAUCAUUGAUCAACUCGACGUAAACAAGAAGGGGGCUUACAUGUUUGGACGUGUGGAUCUUUGUGAUUUUGUCCUCGAGCAUCCCACAAUAUCUAGAUUUCAUGCUGUUUUGCAGUUCAAGGGCAGUGGAGAUGCUUACCUAUAUGAUUUAGGCAGUACGCAUGGGACGUUUAUAAACAAAAACCAGGUUAAAAAAAGGGCUUACAUGGAGCUGCAUGUUGGCGAUGUAAUCCGGUUUGGACAGUCUUCCCGGCUAUACGUUUUCCAAGGUCCAAAUGACUUGAUGCCCCCUGAAAGUGACCUGAAAAGUAUAAGGCGGGCUAAGAUCCGAGCAGGGAUGCAAGAUAUGGAAGAGUCACUGAUGCGAGCAAAACUAGAAGCAUCACUUGCUGAUGGCGUCUCAUGGGGAAUGCGUGAGGAUGCCAUUGAACUAGAUGAGGAUGAAAUUGAAGAAAUAACUUGGCAAACAUACAAGGGUCAAUUAACGGAGAAGCAGGAGAAAACACGUGAUAAAGUAAUAAAGAGACUUGAAAAGAUUGCUCAUAUGAAAAAGGAGAUAGAUGCUAUCAGGGCAAAGGACAUUGCUCAAGGUGGACUGACACAGGGACAACAAACGCAGAUUGCUCGGAAUGAACAGAGGAUCUCACAGAUAAUGGAGGAGCUAGAAAACUUGGAAGAGACUUUAAAUGAAAGCAUUCGAGAGAGUCUGGGUGCACGUGCUGGAAGAGUGUCUCUUGGAAAGAAAAAAGGAGUAGAUGAAGAAGAAGAGUAUGUGAGUGAUGAUGAUGAGUUCUAUGAUCGGACAAAGAAAUCUGCUAAGAAAAAGAGUGGUGAAAACCAAUCAAUUGAAACUGCAGAUUCUCUCCUAGAUAAGAAGGAUGCUUUAGUCAGUGAGAUGGAAGAAAAAAGAAAGCUGUUACUUUCAGAGGAUAAUGAUACCGGUGAAGUGAAGGAGAGCCUUGAAGCUGGUGACGACCUCGAUUUAUACAUGUCAGGGCUUUCAUCUCAACUAGAUUAUGAGAAGAAGGAUCGGCUGCACAAGGAACUGUCUGCACUUCAAUCAGAGCUAGAUAGGAUACUCUACUUGCUGAAGAUUGCUGAUCCAUCAGGAGAAGCUGCUAGAAAGAGGGAGAUAAAAUCUCAGGAGCCGAAGACUGAACUGCCCAAAGUCAACCCAUCUAAUGUCCCGCAUCUUCCUGCAAAACAGAGUCAAAGAUGUGCAGAGAAGCCGAUCCCCUCAAUCAAGAAAGAGGGUAUUGUUGUUAUUUCUGAAUCCAGCAAAGAGAAUAUGAAAGAUGAAACUGCAGCAGAUGGUGGCAAUAAAACUGUUGAGUACACCAUUGCUAAGCCACAGUGGCUCGGAGCUGUUGAGGAAGAGAAAAGGAAAGAAACUGCGGUGGUAGAGUCACGUCCAGAUGUGCAACAAGAGGAUGAUCAAUUUGUGGACUACAAAGACAGGGAGAGGAUAGUGAAAAACCCAGAGGCAUCAGUUAUUGAAAAUGCAGCCCCUGGUCUUAUAAUAAGGAAGCGGAAACAAGACAAGCUUGGUGCUGCCUCCAAUGAAUUUGCUAAAGAUGAGACACAAUCUUCUGGAGUCGACAUGAAGGCUGAGGAAGCUGUUGCCCUGUUGUUAAAACAUUCAAGAGGAUAUCAUGCUUCUGAUGAUGAUGACAAUGGGCAUGUCAAUGACAAGGUACCAUGUGACAGUCCCGUGGAGAAGAAUAAGAAAAAGCCUAAAAAAGUUGUUGGUCCCGAUAGGCCACCGUUUUUGGGAAGUGGAGUAGGCUAUGAAACCUGGGUUCCCCCUGAAGGACAAUCCGGUGAUGGGCGGACCUCUUUGAAUGACCGCUAUGGCUAUUGACACAGAAGACCCUUUUUGCCAUGGACUAAUAUGUUCUUCAGGACAAGUUGUGUGCGCCAUUACACCUUGUUUGAAAUGCUGCCUUCGACAACACUCCUUGCUUUCAGCUGUUUUUCUCCCAGCUUCUCUCAUAUGGGACUUAAGGAAAUGUGCAAUUUGGUUAGAUCUAUGCGCAGUUUCUGAGCAAUCAUGAAACUGAUGAAAGAGUAUGGUCAGGACUGAUCGUACUCCCCACAUCCAUCUAAGUUGUCAUUGGGCCACACCUAUAUUCACUUUCUUCAACUGUAUAGCGUUUUUGUAACUGAUGCGUAGUAUAUGUUUUGUUAAACGAAUUUUGUACAAUUGGGAAGUCAGCGUUUAAGUACCAACAGAACCUUGUAGUUUAAUUAUGUUACUUAUUAUGUACGUAGUACAAAAUAACCUCGCCAUUUAUUGUUUCGAAGAAAAUUUGAUGAAUUUGUCAAAUAGAUAGACAUGGCUUCUCUGCACCCCGGAGAUGGGCAUGAUGUCUGUCUAUUUUGGCCUUUGAUCAAGAUGAAAA